CAGUCAGGCAGUGAAAUCAAGGCAGUGGCGUCGCGGUAUGUUUGUAACUUACUGCGGAAAGUUUCCAGCUGAAAUCUUGCGAUAUUCACAAUGUCAUGACAGUUAAAGCAGCCUUUAAGCUUCACUGGUACCUGUAACAUCCAGAAGAGCCAGAGCGGCUCGCAUCCCUCCUCUGAUUGGACAGCAGGGACUCCGGACGUCAUGGCAACAGUAUCCCUCCGAUCAUGGAUGUGAGUGAUGAGUUUGACAGCGGGAUGGAGGCCACAGAUGACCUCGCGUCGUUUGAGGUGGUCAACCUGUCGAACCCGGGCCUGCUGGAUCUGGGCACAGACAUCGACGGACACGUCCAGGAGUCAAAGGACAGGACCAAACUCAAAACAAAACUCAUUUCAGCGUGGAAUAAUCUCAGAUAUGGAGGCUGGUCUCUGAAGAGCAAGCCGCGUCUCAGUAAGAGCAGCCCCGUGUGUCUGCUGAGACAGUCCUAUCAGCUGAGCUACAGCGGAGAGCGGGAGAGUUUCCGGCGGGCGUUCUCCUCUCUGCUGUGGAUGACCUACAGGAGAGGUUUCCCGCUGCUGGACGGCUCAGCCCUCACGUCUGACGCGGGAUGGGGCUGCAUGCUCCGCAGCGCACAGAUGCUGUUAGCUCACGGACUAAUGCUGCACAUGAUGCCCGCGGGCUGGACGUGGCCUGCGACGCAUCAUCAGACCAAAGAUGACCUGGAGGUGGUGGACACUCACGCGCUGGAAGAUUCCCUCAGAGAGAGCCGGCGUGACUCGGGAAAGCAUCGCAGAUGCAGUCUGGGAACCGCGCUAGACUGCGAGACUCACGAGGAGCGGACUCACAGGAGGAUCGUGUCCUGGUUCGGCGAUCUGCCCUCUGCCCCGUUCGGCCUGCACCGGCUGGUGGAGUUGGGCAGGGCCUCUGGGAAGAGAGCGGGCGACUGGUACGGACCGGCCAUCGCUGCUCACAUACUGCAGAAGGCCGUGGCAGCGUCCGAGGUGUCCGAUCUGGCGGUCUACGUGGCGGAGAACUGCACCGUGUAUGUUGGAGACGUGUUAAACCUGUGUGGGACGUCCCGUACAGAUCUGUCAGCGAGGUGCAGGUCUGGCUGGAAGUCACUGGUUCUGCUGGUGCCUGUGCGUUUGGGCUCUGAUAUGUUGAAUCCGGCUUAUACCCGAUGUGUGAAGAGGUUGCUAGAGCUGCAAUGCUGCAUGGGAAUCAUCGGAGGGAAACCCAAACACUCGCUGUUUUUCGUGGGAUUCCAGGAUGAUCAGCUGAUCUAUUUGGAUCCUCAUUACUGUCAGGCUGCUGUAGACGUCCAACAAGACAACUUCCCUUUAGAGUCGUUUCACUGUAAAACUGUCAGGAAGAUGCCGUUUAACCGCAUGGACCCGAGCUGUACGGUGGGUUUCUACGCCGCCAGCAGGGGGGAUUUCCAGACUCUGUGCUCAGACGUCACUGAGCUGCUUUGA